GGAGGAAGAUGCAAAAUGGACCAAGUACCGACGAAGUGGGGAUCUGGAUUAAAAGCAAACGAGGGCAACGUCUCGGCAACAGAGCUAUCUCGGACCUUGAGGAGUCGAGGCCGGCCGUGGCAUUUCCGUUCUAUCCGCAUUCAUACGCAGCACGUUGGCUCUGUGUUGUUGUUGUUGUUGUUGUUAUUAUUUUUGUCAUCGACAUCAUCGUCAUCGACAGUCGCACAUUACGAGCAGUUCCUGUAUCGGGUCGCGCGUCUUUCUCUCUUCCCUGGAGGCGACAAGCCGCGCACGGGCCUCGUUGUUCAUGUAAUUAAAGGCGCCACGACUCGAACGACUGAUAUUGACACGAUGACGCCAAGAGGAGCGGUCUACCUGCUCCUUACGAUCUUGAUGUUGGAAGGGUCGCAGUGCAGCACCAGAUACUUCAUGCAAGUACGGACAAACGCGUCCGAGAUGUUCAAAACAAAAGCUGACAAUCUGAGGAUCCUCCAGGAUCCCAUAGCGAUCACGCCAAAUCCAUUGUACGAUAACAUGCAGAGCGAGCAUCAGAAUGAGGACGAGAGGAUGAUGAAGGGUAUUUCGAGCGACCAAUAUCAUCGGAGGAAUUCCUUCGUCGAGACCUCGACUUUUAAUCCUGACGUACUCAACAAGUUCCUUGAGGACUACGCGAACAAGAUUAGAAGUACUACGGAAAAAGACUUCAAAUAUCCUUACAGAAUCCCGAAACCAACCACGGAAUCGCUCGUCUUAGAGGUGGACGAUGAGACUACCGAGGCUACCACCAAUCAUGAACAAGACGAGAAACUCGAUCAGAGUACAAACGAUACUUCGAUCGAGGACGCGUUGACCGAGCUGAACGACACGUUGAAGAGAAACAAGUAUUAUGGUACAAACACUUACGAAGACAGGAACGGCUGGGUGACGUUGGAGGCAAUUCCGUGGUCUAAGAGCAAAAUUUCCAAAUGGCAGGCUAAUCCCAGCACGCAGCGACCUUGGCCGGAGAUAAAGCCAGCGUGGGAUAAACCGAGCAUGAAACCAUGGGCCAGCGACUACUCCAUCAGACCCACUUAUGAAAACAACAAACCGUGGUACGACAAGCCGAAACCCAACUGGUCCGACAACAAUGAGAAGCCAUGGCAAAAGCCGGUCUCACGUCCUCCUUAUCACCCAGAUGACGCGUCGUCAUCUACCCAAGCGCAGAAGUGGCCACCAGAAAACAGGCCGUGGAACAAGCAUGAUCCUCAUCGCCCGAGCGACAUCAUCACUGACGACAGACCGGCAAAUUUUCCUAGCACUUGGUCGAGACCGCAAACCUCCAAACCAUCGUACCAAUUCGCCGACAAGUUUUCGGAGAAGGUCCAAUCAGAGAAUAACAACGAUUGGCCGUCCAGAUUCGAUCAAGAUCGACUACGACCCACUCUGAUCACUGAGCGACCAAACUUCUCGCACUAUCAGUACGUAAACAAUCAUCCACCGAGUCAUCCGGCUAGCGGCGACGGCCAAUGGGUCCUCUUAUCAACAAACAGGGGAUACGCCAAGUCGAGACAAAGGUCGAUCAAGAUCGAUACAAUAAGUCCGGAGAUGUUCAAAAAGAUCAACACGACAAUGAGUCACCGCAACAGGGACAAAGAGGAAUCGGAUUCCGCAAUACCCGUGAUGACUUCGAAACGCCAGGUCAGAUUGACGGUGUUGCCGUCGAUCAACGGUACAAACACUACAACGUCUCACGGGGGCUUGUUGGAAGUCGAGAAGUCGUUCAAGAGCGUCGAGCAGAGCCGCAAGGAGUACGAGAUGCAGAAACUGACGACCGAGGCAAAUACCUUGAAGAAAAGACCGAUCAGAAACACGCUGAGCGGCCAAUCGUCGAGCUCAGCCGUCCUGGCAGCCGUUGGAGCAGGCAUGUUACCGGCGACGAUGGCGAUGAUGAUACCGAUGAUGCUGGGCCGUCGAAAGAGAGACGUCGCGCUAACGGAGCGUAGUUUGAGGAAGUCCAACGACCUCGAAGUGGAUCUACAUAAGCUCGCAACUGAGUAUAACGCCCAACAGAGGAGACCAAUGAGACUGUAGGUUGAAAUUAAGAUAACAAAAUUUCCGUUCCGAGUCUAACCACGCGUUAGUGACGAUUCGAGAGAUGAGGAGCGAGACGCGACUAUGCCGUAAGCGAAUGAUACUGAAACAUUUAGAUCUAGAACGUUGGGAAUUCAGGAUAUCGAUCACGUAUCUCUUUCCUUAACGUGAACUCGUGAAAAGUGAAAAGUUUUAUCGGCAGCUUUCAUUCAUUCAAUUCGCGCGUCAAUGAAUCCUUUCAUCAAACCUAACCUCAAUCUCAUUGAUUAAGUUUGCCAAUGAAACUUUUCACUUUUCACGAGUUUACAGCAGGGAAAAGGAUACAUGAUCAAUAGAUUAGAAAUAACAAUGUUACUGAACAGUUCGCCCAGAAAUUGAAUAAUUUUAGUGGAAUUGGGACCUCUCGUCUGCUUUGCACGAGAAUUUCAAUUCCAAAUGUACAUUUGAAGUAAAACGUUCUAGAAACCUACCCCUCGCGAGCUGUUUUCUCGAGACACGCGUCACGGUAGUCAGUUGGAUUAUAGAUAUACCAUUACUGAAUAUGUUAUUGAAUAAUCGAUGUAUUGCCGUCCGUAUAUAUGAGGGCAACUAAAUACGAUCGAUUGAGAAAGAACCGCCACUUGUUGCUGUUCCGGUGGCGACUGAAGAUAGAAAAGUGAAAUUAGAAUGAAGCGAAAUAUGUAUAACCCCUGCGGAUUUUUCAAGGACGCCGAUAGGCCAUUCGACAACAUCCUCUGUGCGAUGCGACCGCGCUCACGCGGGAGAGAAACAAGCGUUUGCAAUCUCCAAUUAUAUUUAUUUACAUAACGCAUAUCAGGGUAUUACAUAGUUGCAUACUUAUUUAUUUAUUUAUUUAUUCGUUCGUUCGUUCAGCUAUUUAUUUAUUUAUAAUAUACAUUACAGCUAUAAGUUUUGCCCAAUAAUCGACUCUUCCAUACGUCUUCGCUCGUCCUCCAGCGAGAGGGUGAGAGCAGCACACAUACCAAAACAAUUAUAGAGAGACAUUAAGCGACUUGCAAUAAAGAUCUAAUCGAUCCUCGAA